AUGAAUAACGAUUUGAAUAACUUCCCAUUCCCAUAUUUCCCUUCCCCACCACCCCCUCCUCCUCACCCCAUCUCUCCACCCCCCCCUCCACCUCAUCCAACCUCCCCACCACCAAAACCCCACCCUCCUCCUCGUCCUCAUCCUCCACCUCAUCCUCGUCCUCAUCCUCCUCCAUAUAAAAAGAAGAAGAGCACAGUAAUAGUUGAAGAAAAAGAAGUGAAACACAUCGAUGAUCAUCUAAAAAUCAAGGAAGCAAUUGUUGAAGGACCUCAUGAGAAGCUUGAGACAACAGUGCUCUUCGUGGAAGAAGCUUUGCAUGAAAAAGAUGAUGUUGUAAGGACAAAGAAAGAGUUAGAAGAAACUCAUCAUCAUCAUAACUUAUUGCAUGCUAAUGAUAAAUCUUCAGAAAUUACAUCUUCUGCUCUUGAAGCUGGCCAUAGACAAACUUGA